AUGCCAGCCCCUGAGGGAAAGCAGAGUUCACCAGCAGGUGCAUUUUCCUUACCUGCCAUCAGGCACAGAGCAACUUCUGAUGAGCAACCAAGGAUUAUAAAUCUCGAAGAGACUGGGCGUGUCUUAAGCAUUGGUGAUGGUAUUGCCCGAGUACAUGGACUGAGGAAUGUUCAAGCAGAGGAAAUGGUAGAAUUUUCCUCAGGCUUAAAGGGUAUGUCCCUGAACUUGGAACCUGACAAUGUUGGAGUUGUGUUUGGAAAUGAUAAGCUAAUUAAAGAAGGCGACAUUGUGAAGAGAACGGGAGCCAUUGUGGAUGUUCCAGUUGGUGAGGAGCUGUUGGGCCGCGUAGUUGAUGCCCUUGGUAAUGCCAUUGAUGGGAAGGGUCCAAUUGGUUCCAAGACCCGUAGACGAGUGGGCCUGAAAGCCCCUGGAAUCAUUCCCCGAAUCUCCGUGCGGGAACCAAUGCAGACUGGCAUUAAGGCUGUGGAUAGUCUGGUGCCGAUUGGUCAUGGUCAGCGUGAGCUGAUCAUUGGUGACAGACAGACUGGGAAAACAUCGAUUGCUAUCGACACAAUCAUCAACCAGAAACGUUUCAAUGAUGGGGCUGAUGAAAAGAAGAAGCUGUACUGUAUCUACGUUGCUAUUGGUCAGAAACGGUCCACCGUUGCCCAGUUGGUGAAGAGACUGACAGAUGCAGAUGCCAUGAAGUACACCAUUGUGGUGUCAGCUACUGCUUCUGAUGCUGCCCCCCUUCAGUAUCUGGCUCCGUACUCUGGCUGCUCCAUGGGAGAGUAUUUUAGAGAUAAUGGCAAGCAUGCUUUGAUCAUCUAUGACGAUUUAUCCAAACAGGCCGUUGCUUACCGCCAGAUGUGUCUGUUGCUGCGCCGACCCCCUGGCCGUGAAGCCUAUCCUGGUGAUGUGUUCUACCUACACUCUCGGCUGCUGGAGAGAGCAGCCAAGAUGAACGAUUCUUUUGGUGGUGGCUCUCUGACUGCCCUGCCAGUCAUAGAAACCCAGGCUGGUGAUGUGUCUGCUUUCAUUCCAACGAAUGUUAUUUCCAUCACUGAUGGACAGAUCUUCUUGGAAACAGAAUUGUUCUAUAAAGGCAUCCGCCCUGCCAUUAACGUGGGUUUGUCUGUGUCCCAUGUCGGAUCUGCUGCCCAGACCAGGGCCAUGAAGCAGGUGGCAGGUACCAUGAAACUGGAAUUGGCUCAGUAUCGGGAGGUUGCUGCUUUUGCCCAGUUUGGUUCUGAUCUUGAUGCUGCCACUCAGCAGCUCCUGAGUCGUGGUGUGCGUCUGACCGAGCUGUUAAAGCAAGGACAAUACUCUCCCAUGGCUAUUGAAGAACAGGUGGCUGUUAUCUAUGCAGGCGUGAGGGGCUAUCUUGAUAAACUGGAUCCCAGUAAGAUCACAAAGUUUGAGAAUGCUUUCUUGUCUCAUGUUAUCAGCCAGCACCAGUCCCUCUUGGGCAAUAUCAGGUCUGAUGGGAAAAUCUCAGAGCAAUCAGACGCAAAGCUAAAAGAGAUUGUAACAAACUUCUUGGCUGGGUUUGAACCAUAAAGCCCCAUGAAUCCAUGUCAAAAAAAAAAAAAAGAA